AUGAGGACCACCCAAGCUUUCAUCGCAGUCUUCGCAGCCAUGGCCUACGGGCGCGUGGCCAGGCGGGCCAACUUCGCCGACGGCGACGGUUGCAUCGCCGCACAGGCCCUGGCCGACGGCAUCCAGAGCAACAUCGACCUGCAGACGGGCGAGCAGGCCAGCGUCGAGAAGGUCAAGGCCGCCGUGAGCCAGAACCCGGUCGACACCGCCGCCUUCACCGCCGCCAAGUCGCAGCUGCUCGACUUUGUCAACGCCGGCAUCUCGGCGCGCGAGAACAACCAGGCCAUCGCGCCCCAGGGCAACGCUGCCAUUAAUGGACUCGGAGUUGUGCAAAACGCCCAGGCCGAGGAGCUCAACCUGGCACAGUCUCUCGUGGGAGCAGCUAGUGAUCUUGAUAUCGUCUCGAAGCUUGAGACAGACUUUGCUGGUGGCAUCAAGCAAAACCAGCAGAACGCCGCCGACGCGUUGAAGGGCUGCGCAAACGCGAAUGCCAAUGCCGGCGCUGCUGCUGCCAACGGUACCGCCAACGCCGGAGGUGGCAAGGCUAAUGGUGGCAAGGCCGGUGGAAAGGGCGGAAAGAAUGGUGGUGCUAACGCUGGAGCCGCCCAGAAGGGAGGAGCCCAGCAGAACGGCGCGGGUGCGGGUGCCGCGAAGGCCGGACAGGACCAAGCCGCACAGGACCAAGCCGCACAGGACCAAGCCGCACAGCAGGAACAAGAUGGUCAAAAGGCGCAGGAUGAUCAGAAGGCACAGGACGGGCAGCAGGCACAGGACGGGCAGCAGGCACAGGACGGGCAGCAGGCACAAGACGAACAGCAGGCAUAG